AUGUCAGACUUUUACAAGGAUAUUGUUGCGCCUAACGGCGUCUACAAAUACUAUUUGAAUGGACAAUGGCUGGAAAGCACAUCGGGGAAGGCUGUGGGCAUCACCAAUCCCUCGACCCGGCAAACGUGCUUUCAAGUCCAAGCCUGCACACAAGAUGAAGUCAACAAGAUGUUUGAUUCCGCUAAGGUUUCCCAGAAGGCUUGGGCCAAAACACCUCUCUGGAAACGUGCUGAGUACCUUCAUAAGGUGGCGGCGCUCAUGCGACAGCACGCCCAGCCCAUCGCGGACUGCCUGGUUAAGGAGGUUGCCAAGCCCGCCAAGGACAGUCUCACCGAGGUCAUUCGCUCCGCUGACCUGAUUGACUACACGGCGGAGGAGGGGGUGAGGUACCUGGGGGAGGGCCAGCUGCUCAACUCGGACUCAUUCCCCGGCAACGGAAGGAACAAGAUGUGCCUGGUGUCCAAGGUUCCCCUGGGUGUGGUCCUGGCCAUUCCCCCCUUCAACUACCCGGUCAACUUGGCCGUAUCCAAGUUGGCUCCCGCGCUGAUGGCGGGCAAUGCGGUGGUUCUCAAGCCCCCCACUCAGGGGGCUGUGGCGGGGAUCCACAUGCUGCAGUGCUUCCAUGCAGCUGGGCUGCCGGCGGGGCUGCUCAGCCUGGCCACCGGGCGGGGGGCGGAGAUUGGCGACUUCCUCACCACCCACCCUGGAGUGAACUGCAUCUCCUUCACGGGGGGUGACACGGGUAUCUCCAUCAGCAAGAAGGCGGGCAUGGUCCCCCUGCAGAUGGAGCUAGGGGGCAAGGACGUCUGUAUCGUGUGUGCGGACGCGGACCUAGCCCUGGCCGCCAAACACAUCCUCAAGGGCGGCUUCAGCUACAGCGGGCAGCGCUGCACCGCCGUGAAGCUGGUGCUGGCGGUGGACGCGGUGGCGGAUGCGCUGGUGGCGGCGGUGGCGGAGGGUGUAAGGAAGCUCAGCGUGGGCAUGCCGGAGGACGAUUGCGACAUCACGCCCGUGGUUUCGGAGAGCAGUAGUAAUUUCAUCGAGGGCCUGGUCAUGGACGCCAAGGAGAAGGCAGGCGCCACUUUCGUGACUGGGCCCUACAAGCGCGAGGGCAACCUGAUCUGGCCGGUGCUGCUUGACAACGUGACUCCCUCCAUGCGGCUGGCCUGGGAGGAGCCCUUUGGCCCGGUGCUGCCGGUCAUGAGGGUGCGGUCGGCUGAGGAGGCCGUGGCGCACUGCAACGCCUCCAAGUACGGGCUGCAGGGCUGUGUGUUCACGAGGGACAUCAACGCGGCCAUUGCCAUCAGCGACGCCAUGGAAACCGGGACAGUGCAGGUCAACUCGGCGCCUGCUCGCGGCCCCGACCACUUCCCCUUCCAAGGCUUCAGGGACUCGGGUAUUGGCAGUCAGGGAAUUCGCAACUCGCUGGCAAUGAUGGUGAAGACCAAGUCUACAGUCAUCAACCUGGAGAAGGAGUCGUACACAAUGGGCUGA